UCUUUCUCUCUCGCUACUGGAUCUUUCAUUCAAGUGACUAACUGAGUCAAUAAUGAGUGAACUCGGUCUUGGAACUCAUCAUGCCACGCCUGCGUCACCAGAGACGACGACAUUUCUCGAUUUGCUCCGAAUCCAGUUGGACGGCCCCGAUCACAUUAGGAGAAAGAAACGGUCUCUUAAGGAACGGCUAGGAUUUAAACGAAUCGGAUGCUGUGGGCCCGCUUGGGGACUCCGGUUAACUAGUAACACUCGCGCUAGAGAAAGGGACGAACCAUUUCAAACCGGACUUGUUUCCGAGUUGGAUCAUGUAAGGGGUCGAAUGAAUCUUGCAACGGCGUUAGAGGCGGAGAGACAUCACCAAAGAGAACCAACGGCGUCAUCUGGGAGUUCGACGCCGUUACCUGUGUCGUUAAUGAGAUUGCUGGAGGAAACGGCGGAGAGAGUUGUCGUCGAAGGGAACGAAACGGAGAGAGUAACGGCGACGGUUAAAGGUAGUGAUUCAGUGUGUUGCGUGUGCAUGGGAAGGAAGAAAGGCGCAGCGUUUAUCCCAUGUGGACACACUUUUUGCAGAGUGUGCUCUCGAGAGGUGUGGCUCAAUCGAGGAUCGUGUCCCCUCUGUAACCGUCCGAUCAUCGAGAUCCUCGACAUUUAUUGAAACAAUUUAAUCGUGCACGUGACUUCAGUGAUGGUGGUGCGUCUAGAGAUUCACGAGGGUGUUAAUUACGUUUUCUAUAUUUCCGUUAUUGGAAAUCGGAAUAAAUAUUAUUUAAGUUCGAAAGUAAAACUAUACUCCAGCAUUUCAUGUCGUAAUGUUUGGUUCGAA